AUGACCAGUCUGAGCAUCCCACUCGCCGUCGCUGUCCCAGCAGCGACAGCCGCCGCCGCUUACAUCAAUGCCAAGGCGCACGUGUGGUACGAUCUCAAAAUGCUCAAGUGCGCGGCGCCCAUGGCCAUCCAGAUGAUGUGGCGAGAGCGGACCGGCAAGCUGAGCCUGUUCUACGACCUGGAGUACUGGGCCCACAACUCCAAGACGGCAGACACGCCGUUCUUGCUGUUCGAGGACCGCUCAUGGACGUACCGCCAGGCCCUCGAGCAGGCGCUCAAGCACGGCACCUGGCUGCGGGAGACAUUCGGCAUCAAGAAGGACGACAUCGUCGCCAUGGACUUCACCAACAGCGACACCUUUGUCUUCGUCUGGCUGGGCCUCUGGGCCGUGGGCGCAAAGCCGGCCUUUAUUAACUACAACCUGGCCGGCCCUGCGCUCAUCCACUGCGCCAGGGCCGCAGGCGCGGCCAUCAUGCUGGUCGACCCGGCUGUGGCGCACAACGUGGAUGACUUUGUGCGCAGGGAGCUGGCCGGCGUGAGGCUGGAGGUUUUCUCUGCCGAGCACAGGCAGCAGGUGGCGGCUACCACACCCGUCAGGCUGCCGGACGAGCAGAGGGCGGACGAGGGCGUCUACAGUAUGGCGAACCUCAUCUACACGAGCGGGACCACUGGGCUGCCCAAGGCGGCCGUCGUGAGCUGGGGCAAGAUGCAUGCCGCCGGAGGGUUUUCUGCGAGGCUCAUCGGCUCGCGGCCUGGUGAGAUCUUCUACACGUGCAUGCCCCUCUACCACUCUUCGGGCGCGAUCCUGUGCAUCGCCAACGUGCUCCUGAGCGGCGCCACCGUCGCGCUGGGUUCCAAAUUCUCGACCCACACGUUCUGGAGCGAGGUCCGCCGCCACGACGCGACCAUGAUCCAGUACGUCGGGGAGACGCUGCGGUACCUGCUCACGGCGCCCGUAGACAAGGAUCCGGUGACGGGCGAGAAUCUAGACAAGAGGCACCGGGUGCGAGUGGCGCUGGGCAACGGGCUGCGGCCCGACGUGUGGAACAAGUUCAAGCAGCGGUUCGGGGUCGAGUACAUUGCCGAGUUCUACGGGGCGACCGAGGGCAGCUUCGCGACGUGGAACCUGAGCAGGAACGACUUCAGCAUGGGCGCGGUCGGGCGGUCGGGCUGGAUCUACUCGGUUUUCGUCGGGUCCGGUACCGUGCUGGUCGAGGUUGACUUCACAACGGACCUGCCGCGGCGGGACCCCAAAACGGGCUUCUGCAAGGUGACGAAACCAGGACAGCCGGGCGAGUUCCUGUUCAAGCUGCCCGAGAAGGAGCUCGAGAAGAGGUUCCAGGGCUACUACGGCGACAGGGCGGCGACGAACAAGAAGAUCCUGCGGGACGUCUUCAAGAAGGGCGAUGCGUGGUUCCGCACGGGCGACGUCAUGCGCUGGGACGACGAGGGCCGCAUCUUCUUCCACGACCGCAUCGGCGACACGUUCCGCUGGAAGAGCGAGAACGUGUCGACGGCCGAGGUCAGCCAGGCGCUGGGCCACCACCCGGCCAUCCACGAGGCCAACGUGUACGGCGUGCAGGUGCCGCACCACGACGGGCGGGCUGGGUGUGCAGCGAUCGUCCUGAACGAGGGGGUGUUGACGAAGACGGCAAAUGCCAUGCCCGAGGUGCUGUCGAGCCUGGGCGAGCACAUCCGAAAAGCACUGCCCAAAUACGCGGCGCCCGUCUUUCUGCGCAUCACACAGCCGGGCAAGAUGCAGACCACGGGGACAAACAAGCAGCAGAAGCAGGACCUGCGGGCGGGAGGAGUAGACCCAGACAAGGCGGAUGGAGAUGAGUUGUACUGGCUUCAAGGUGGAAAGUAUGUGCCCUUCACAAAGAGGGAGUGGGAAGCCGUGGAGGGCGGGAGGGUGAAACUGUGA